AUGGCGGCGGCCGCGCUCCUGCUGGGCCUGGCGCUCGCGAUGCCGCGGGCGGCCGUUUCGGGCAUGGGUUCGUGUUACGACGGCGCGGGGCGCGCUCAGCGCUGCCUGCCCGUGUUCGAGAACGCGGCGUUCGGCCGGCUGGCCGAGGCCUCGCACACGUGCGGCCAUCCACCCGAGGACUUCUGCCCGCACGUGGGCGCGGCAGGGGGCGCCGGGGCGCAGUGCCAGCGCUGCGACGCCGCGGACCCCCUGCGCCACCACAAUGCCUCGUACCUCACCGACUUCCACAGCCAGGAUGAUAGUACCUGGUGGCAGAGUCCGUCCAUGGCCUUCGGUGUGCAGUACCCCACCUCGGUCAACAUCACUCUCCGCCUGGGGAAAGCUUAUGAGAUCACCUACGUGCGGCUGAAGUUCCACACCAGCCGCCCCGAGAGCUUCGCCAUCUACAAGCGCAGCCGUGCGGGCGGCCCAUGGGAACCCUACCAGUUCUACAGCGCCUCCUGCUGGAAGACCUACGGCCGGCCCGAGGGCCACUACCUACGCCCUGGCCAGGACGAGCGCGUGGCCUUCUGCACCUCCGAGUUCAGCGACAUCUCCCCGCUGAGCGGGGGCAACGUGGCCUUCUCCACCCUGGAGGGCCGGCCCAGCGCCUACAACUUCGAGGACAGCCCCGCGCUGCAGGAGUGGGUCACCAGCACCGAGCUCCUCAUCUCCCUCGACCGGCUCAACACGUUUGGGGACGACAUCUUCAAGGACCCGAAGGUGCUGCAGUCCUAUUACUACGCCGUGUCUGACUUCUCUGUGGGAGGCAGGUGCAAGUGUAAUGGGCACGCCAGCGAGUGUGGCCCCGACACAGCGGGCCAGCUGGUCUGCCGAUGCCAGCACAACACCACGGGCGUGGACUGUGAGCGCUGCCUGCCCUUCUUCCAGGACCGCCCGUGGGCUCGGGGCACAGCCGAGGCCGCCAACGAGUGUCUGCCUUGCGACUGCAGCGGCCACUCUGAGCAGUGCGUGUUCGACCGGGAGCUCUUCCGCAGCACGGGCCACGGCGGGCGCUGCCUCCACUGCCGCGACCACACGGCCGGGCCGCGCUGCCAGCUCUGCCGGCAGAACUUCCAUCGCCAGAGCCCGUCAAUGCCCUGCCAGCCCUGCGACUGCCACCCGGCAGGCUCCCUGCGCCUCCAGUGCGAUGACUCGGGCACCUGCCGCUGCAAAGCCACUGUGACUGGCUGGAAGUGUGACCGCUGCCUGCCCGGGUUCCACUCGCUCAGCGAGGGAGGCUGCAGACCCUGCACCUGCCAUCCCGCCGGCAGCCUGGACACCUGUGAUCCCCACAGUGGGCGCUGCCCUUGCAAAGAGAAUGUGGAAGGCGGUCUGUGUGACAGAUGCCGCCCAGGGACCUUUAACCUGCAGCCCCGCAACCCGGCCGGCUGCAGCAGCUGCUUCUGCUAUGGCCACUCCAAGGUGUGUACGGCCGCUGCUGGCUUCCGGGUGCACCACAUCCGCUCCGACUUCCGCCAGGGAGCAGGUGGCUGGCAGGCCAGCAGCACAGACGGCGCAGAGCAUCCCGUGCGGUGGAGCCCCAGGGGGCUCCGCCUGGACCCAGGAGACGAGGUGGAGCUCGCGGCACCAGAGAAGUUCCUGGGUGACCAGCGGUUCAGCUACGGGCAACCCCUCACACUGACCUUCUGGGUCCCCCCGGGGGGCUCCCCGCUCCCGGUGCAGCUGAGGCUGGAAGGGGCGGGCCUGGCCCUGACUCUGCGCUACUCCAGCCUGUCGGGCCCCCAGGACACCGGGCAGCCCGGGGAGGUGCAGCUUGAGUUCCAGCUGCAGGAGACCUCUGAGGACGUGGACCCCCCGCUGCCCCCUUUCCACUUCCAGCGGCUGCUCGCCAAUCUGACCGCUCUGCGCAUCUGGACCAGCCCAAGCCCCUCCGGCCAAGUGUUCCUGACGGCGGUCCGGCUCGCGUCGGCCCAGCGGGGGCUCUCCCCUCCCGCCCUCUGGGUGGAGACGUGCUCGUGCCCCAAGGGCUACGUGGGCCAGUUCUGUGAAUCCUGUGCUCCAGGAUAUAAGAGGGAGACUCCCCUGGGGGGUCCCUACGCCAGCUGCGUCCCCUGCACCUGUAAUCAGCACGGCACCUGUGACCCUAACACAGGGAUCUGCAUCUGCAGCCACCACACCGAGGGUCCGUCCUGUGAACGCUGCCUGCCAGGUUUCUAUGGCAACCCCUUCGUGGGCCGCCCCGACGACUGCCAGCCUUGUCCAUGCCCUGGACAGUCGUCCUGUGCGACCCUCCCAGACAGCGGGGAGGUGGUGUGUACCCACUGCCCCCCGGGCCAGCGAGGGCGGCGCUGUGAGAUCUGUGAUGAUGGCUUCUUUGGGGACCCGCUGGGGCUCUCUGGGGACCCCCAGCCCUGCCAGCGGUGCCAGUGCAGCGGGAACGUGGACCCCAACGCCGUGGGCAACUGCGACCCCCUGUCUGGCCACUGCCUGCGCUGCCUGUACAACACAACAGGCCCGCACUGCGAGCGCUGCCAGAGGGGCUUCUACGGCAGCGCCCUGGCCGCCCGCGCCGCAGACAAGUGCGUGGCCUGCGGCUGCAACCCCGAGGGCUCCGUCAGUGAGCAGAGGCCCUGCGACCCAGUGACCGGCCAGUGCGCCUGCCUGCCUCACGUGACCGGACGGGACUGCGGCCGCUGCAGCCCAGGCUUCUACGAUCUCCGGCCCGGGAAGGGCUGCCGGAGCUGUGAGUGCCACCCACUGGGCUCCCAGGAGAACCGGUGCCACCCCAAGACUGGGCAGUGCCCCUGCCGCCCAGGCGUCGAGGGCCGGGCCUGCGACAGAUGCCAGCUGGGUUUCUUCGGCUUUUCCGUCAAGGGCUGCCGGGCCUGCAGGUGCUCCCCUCUGGGCUCUGCCUCGGCCCAGUGCCACGAGAACAGCACAUGCGUGUGCAGGCCCGGCUUCGUGGGCUACAAGUGUGACCGCUGCCAGGACAACUUCUUCCUCACGGCCAAUGGUGCGCAGUGCCAGGAGUGCCCGACCUGCUACAGCCUGGUGAAAGAGGAGGCUGCCAAGCUGAAGGCCAGGCUGACCCUGAUGGAGGAGUGGCUGCAGGGGUCUGACUGCGGCAGCCCCUGGGGACCAAUGGACAUUCUGCAGGGAGAGGCCCCUCGGGGGGACUUCUACCAGGGCCCCCACCGGCUGCAAGGGUUCCGGGAAGCCUUCCUGGUGCGGGUGACCAGCCUCGAGGGCGCCGUGAAGGCUGCCCGGGAGCCGCUGCAGGCGCUGAGCAGGGGCACCCGCUGUGGCCAGGCCGGAGCCGAGAAGACCUGCCUGCAGCUGGCAGAUGUGGAGGCGACGCUGGAGUCCUCGGAGGAGGAGAUUCGGCACGCCGCUGCUGUCCUAGCGUCUCUGGUGAUUCCUCAGGAAGUCCCCGGCCAGCCCACCAACUGGAGCGACCUGGCCACAGAGGCCCGUGUCCUCGCCAGGAGCCACAAGGACACCGCCACCAAGAUCAAGGCCACGGCUCAGAGGGCUCUGCUCACCUCCCACACCUGCUACUCGCUUCUCUGGAGUCUGGCGGAGGGCAGAGCGGCCCUGGAGGCUCAGCGGGAGCUAGAGGACAGGUACCAGGAGGUCCAGGCGGCCCAGAAUGCACUGGGCGCGGCUGUGGCGCAGGUGCUGCCCAAAGCUGAGAGGGCGCUGGCCACCGCGCACCAAGUUGGUGCUGAAGCAGCCCGGCACCUGACCUCGCUGGCUACCCCCACAGCACAGCCUCAGCAGUCUGGGACCUGGGACCUGAGCCUGAAGGUGCAGGCCCUAGAGAAGACGGUCACCUCCAGGGAGCGUGAGGUCACGGAGGCUGCCCGGGCCCUCCAGGCGGCUGCCCACGCUGCGCUGCACCAGACAGAGCCCUUCACACAGCUGCAACAUGAGGCCAGAGCCGCCCUGAGCCGGGCUUCCUCCUCUGUCCAGGCUGCCGCAGUGACCGUCAUGGGGGCCAGGACCCUGCUGGCUGACCUGGAAGGAAUGAAGCCGCAGUUCCCUCGGCCCAAGGACCAGGCUGUGCUGAGAAGGAAGGCCGGCGUCAUCCGCGGCAGGCUCCUCGCGGAUGCGCGAAAGAAGACCAAGCAGGCGGAGAGGAUGCUGGGAAAUGCAGCACCUGUCUCCUCCAGUGCCAAGAAAAAGGGCAAGGAAGCCGAGCUGUUGGCCAGGAACAGUGCCAAGCGCGCCAAGGCCUUGCUGAGGGAGGGGGAGCAGGAACGCCGCCACGCCAGCCGUCUGUCCAGCCAGAUGCGGGCGACGCUGCAACAGGCCUCCCGGCAGGUGCUGGCCUCAAGAGCGCAGAGACAGGAGCUGGAGGAAGCUGAGCAGAACGUGGGUGCCGGGCUGAGCGAGACGCAGCGGCAGAUCCGAGCAUCGCGCACCUCCCUGGAGAAGGACAUCAAGGCCUUGUCUGAGCUGCUUGCUAGGCUGGGGACACUGGACACCCAUCAAGCGCCAGCCCAGGCCCUGAACGAGACCCAGCAAGCACUGGAGCGCCUGAGGCUGCGGCUGGGCCCACCCGGGUCCCUGCAGGCGAAACUGAGGCUGUUGGAGCAGGAGUCUGAGCGGCAGGAGCUGCAGAUCCAGGGCUUUGAGAGCGACCUCGCCGAGGUCCGUGCUGACAAGCAGAACUUGGAGGCCAUCCUGCAGAGUCUGCCCGAGAGCUGUGCCAGCUGGCAGUAA